AUAGCAAAGAUCGGCUGUACUAAAAAUAGAUUUCUUAUCUUGAUCUCUAAUCAGGUCAAUCAGUAAAUGCCCGGAUGUCAUACAAACAUUGUAAACAUGGCGUAUGUAUGAUGUUGAUAUUUUCACGUACAUUAACUGAUAAAUCUAAUUAAAUGGAAGUUGCUCCGGUAAAACAUAAGUCUGAAGGUGUGAAACAUUGUUGUUACGGGACAUGUAAUAGUGACACAAGAUAUAGACAUCGUGAUGACAUGAAGGAUGUGUUUUUCAUCCCUUUUCCAAAGCCCAUCACGCAACGAGAGAAAUGUGAACGUUGGAUUAAGGCAUGUGGGAGACCCAAGGAGGAUUUUAAUGUGGAAAAGAUCAAACGCUGUACAUACAUGUGUAGUAAACACUUCGUCGGUAGUAAAGGGCCAACCGUACUUCAUCCGGACCCACUGCCUGCACUGUUGCACAACGAGGACCAGAUGAAUCGUUUUAAGCGGAAAAGAAAAGCUCCCACACCAAGAAAACAACACGUAAAAAUCUUGAGAAAAGAUGUAACUACAGCAGCUGAAAGUCUUCUUGAGUUGUCCGAAUACACUGGACCAGAUCCAAGUAUUGACAAGGAUUGUACUGAAUCAAUAACGUCUACACUGGCUCAAUGUGAAACACAUAAAGAGAAAUCUGUUCAAACUGAAUCAGGCAUUCAACAUGACAAGGAAGUUCAAACUGUAUAUGGAAAAGAAAUACUAAAUGCAAAGAUUGAAAACAUGGUAUUAAAAAACAAAAUGAAAGUAGAACAAAAUCAGGAAAAUAACAAUGCAUCUUCUGAUGCAAUGCUAUCAUUAGAAAGUUUGAAAAGUGAUGAUGCACGAUUGAAAUUAUUUACAGGACUACAAUAUAAUCAAUUUAUGACAUUGUUUGAAUUUCUUGGUGAAAGUGUAAAUAAACUGACUUACUGGGAUGGUAAAAAUACAAAGGAAAAUGUGAAAAAAGGAAAUCGUAAACUAGAGCCAAAAGAAGAACUAUUUCUAACAUUGGUACGCUUAAAAAGAGGAUUCAAUCUAGAUGUCAUGUCGCACUUCUUUCGAGUUUCAUCUUCAACAGUUAGCGUGAUAUUUACAACAUGGAUUCAGUUUUUAUAUUGCCAUUUUAAUGACUAUAGAAAUAUUAUGUUUCCAGAGCGUCAGCACUUUAAAGAGUAUAUGCCACGUGUUUUCAGAUGUUUUAAAAACAUACGAUGCACAAUUGACUGUACAGAAUUUUUUGUUCAAAUGCCACGAGACUUUCGUCGUCAAGGAAAUUUGUAUUCCUCGUAUAAAAGUCAUCAUACAUAUAAAUGUCUUAUAGGAGUAGCCCCAAAUGGUGCAAUAGUAUAUGUGUCUAAUUUAUAUGAAGGAUCUAUAAGUGAUAGAGCAAUUGUUGAAAAAUGCGGCUUUUUGGAAUACAUUAAUCCAGGUGAUCUUGUCCUGGCUGAUCGAGGCUUUUUGAUAGAAGAUUUUCUAAUGGCAAGACAAGCAACCCUUAACAUUCCGCCUUUUCUUGGAAAAAGGUCUAAAUUUACUGCUCAGGAAGAGUUGCAGACCCGUCGUAUUGCUAAAGCAAGAAUACAUGUAGAAAGAGUGAUUGAAAGAGUAAAAAAAUUUAAAUUACUGAGUGGAAAUAUUCCAUUAUCACUAACACAAAUAUCAGACCAAAUGGUUUUUGUAGCAUGCUGCUUGGUUAAUUUCCAAGAACCACUUGUUAAAUAACAGGAAUUUGUGAUGUUUGUACAUACAUGUACUGCUGACUGUUUGGUAUGGGUUUAAUUCAUUGUUGAAGGCUAUAUGGUGACUUAUUUGUUAACUUGUUAGUAUCUAGGUUGAGAGUUGUCUCGUUCCCAAUUUAACCACAUCCUCUUAUUUUAUAAACAAUGAACAUUGUUG